UUUAUUCCUAACGAUGAUUGUAUCCACGAUUAUUGACGUUUAAUUAAAAUAGCUUUGGACGUGUUAAUAUGUUACCUACAUCGAGUGUUCCCUUCUCUUAGAAGAUGAAAACAGAAAACGAAAACUCGACGUGAAGUGGAAAUGGAAAGUAUACCAGCUGUUCUCCCAUUUCUUGUUCGUUCAAUCGAUUCGAACAGGGGGAUGCUGUAUCGCCGGGACGAUUCGCUCGCUCGCAACGGCGAUAAGUAAUGUUUCUUUCGGCCUACCAUCAUCAGAGUGUCCGCGGGGUAGGGAGCACACUUGAAAGACGAAUCUCGCGGCAACUACCACUCGAUCCGGAGGAAGUUUCCGAAAAGAAAGAAUUCAUGAGCGGUUCCCCCCACCUUUUCGACCGAGAACAUUCACCACGUGAACACUUAUACAUAGGCUCGUUUCUCCGAGAAUCGUUUCGACUCGCUUACAACGUGUGGGAAUCUCGAUAAUAGCGUACCCACUUGUCGGCUAGCUGACGCCGUGGUGGUAAGUCCGGCUCCCUGUGGCCUGGCCUGUGUGCUCGCCGCCCCGCGGUUCAGCCUACACAUACCAAAGACGACUCACGGCGAUAACCCCGGGAAUAGCCGCUUUUCAAGCCAACGGAAGCCAACGUCAUCGCAUUUUCGUCACGUCCGAUCCUCGUUCCGCGGGAUUAUCGCUCGUCGGGAUUAACGUCGAUUCGAAGCGGCUGCCGUUCGCUUUCAAACGAAAAGAUCAUCAUCGCACGCUUAACGCCAGCCCACGUCCAGUUGAGAUAAAGAAGAAGAAGAAGAAGAAGAAGAAAAGAAAUGGAUGUUGCGGCGAAGGAUACAGGCAGAGGAACCAGAUGGGUCUGUCCCAGCGACAGGCAUUUAGCGCUGAGAGCAAAAUUGCGGACAGGAUGGUCCGUAAAGACCGGGACUCUGGAUUCAAGAUGGACCAGUUCGAACUCGUACUCGGGUGGUGCAAACCGAUGCACGCAGUCGUUCGUGUUGACCGAGGAAGAACAGCAGAGGAUCAUACAGGUGAUCCGGAGAGCCGAAGCGUUGGAUCUGUCGGAACAAGAAAGGAUCGGUAAAUUGGUCGAAAGAUUAGAGAACAUGAAGCGGAACGUGUGCGUCGUCACGACGACGAGAAUGAACGAGAGGAAAAAGUGUAGCAGCCGAUGCUAUAAGAGCGCGCAUUGCGUCUGUUCCUGCGCUCUUUGCGGUGAAAAGUUCGGCACCGUGCUGGGCGCGUCGGCACACCUCUGCAAGGACUGCCGUAAAUACGUGUGUGAAAAAUGCGGUAUCGAGACGACUGAACUAAACGCGACGGUACCGUCGCCAAGCAAUGGUUCAACGAGAGAAAGAACGGAACAGCGGACGACCAUGCAACGCAUCGUCGGCCGAUCGAGAGGCAGCGGCGGUGGUGGUCAGAGACAAUACCUCUGUCGGAUAUGCGCGGAGACCAGAGAAAUGUGGAAGAAGAGCGGCGCCUGGUUCAUCAAAGGGAUGCCAAAGUACAUUUUACCAGAGAAAAAGGAGCGAGGAUGGUCACGAUCCGCGCACAGGACAUCCACCUGGACGAUCGGAGGAACCAGCAGGUCCCUUGAAACUGCGGAGCCUCAAGACUCUUCUUCGGACGAAGAAGCGACACGGAGACUGAGCACAUUGACAGCACGAGGACAAUCGCAUUCGUUCUCCAGUUUACAAAGAAAUCAAGAUAACUUCGCUGCCGAAGCUCAUUCGACCGUAUCGAACUUGGUUCAGUCGACCGGCGGUACCCCGUCGUUUAAUCGUAAGUCGUCGUCGUCGUCGUCGUCGGUUGGUCAACGUCUCUCGCCGUUGACGAACAGUCGGGAAGAGGAUUCGGAUCGAUUGGACAGAUCCACCCUUUCUAUCCCGUCUCAGUGCAGUCGUAUCCCGCCAACGCCGACCAGUCCUCGUUCACGAAUCAGUCCAAAAGCUAGUAUCGAUUCUCAAAUGGAACAACAACAACAACAACAACAACAACAACAACAACAACAACAACAACGUGUAUCGUUCGAAGACGAGAUUCUCGAUGAGAAGAGCAAGAAGCCGGACGACAUGAACGAUUUGGACGGAGCCGUUCGUAAAUUAGAACUAGACGCGUGCAAUCGAUCGAAAACCUAUCAGGUACAGUCAGUCAGAUCAAAUUCUACGAUAACCGUGCCAACAACGACGACGACGACGACGACGACGACGGUAGUAUCGACGAUGGAACGCGUUCCGGAACAAAUUCAAACGAGAAGAGAGAUAAGCGUGGAUCAGGAAAAACAUCAAUCCUGUCCAGAGCAGGAGAAGCUAUCGUUGAACCAUCGCGGCGUCAACAGUCAAAUCGAUUUAGUGCGGCAACAAAUACCGGAGAACGUAGAAACGAAACAAGAAAAUUAUGGAACUCUCCAAGUCUCGUUGCGAUACGACCCACUGGUUCAGUGCCUCCAGUGCAAAGUGGAGCGUGCACAAGGGUUGCGACCAAUGGAUAUCUAUGGCCUCGCCGACCCGUUCUGCAAGCUGAACGUGUUACCGGUAGACACGGUUACGACCACGAAACGACUACGAACAAAGACGGUUCACAAAACGCGGAAUCCGGAGUUCAACGAGACCCUAAACUUCUACGGAAUAACAGAAGUCGAUGUACGAACCGUGAAUGUUCUUCUCUAUGUACUUUUCGUACGCGCAUGCAGUCGUAAUGCACCGUUCGUAAGGAGAGAGUUAAUUGAAAAUAUUGUGUUCUAUCUAUCUCGACGACGACAGAUGUGGAACGGCAAAGCGCUACACGUACUGAUACUCCAGGACGAUCCGGCAGGCCAAGACUUUCUGGGAGAAGCCAAGUUCCCUCUGCACGAGUUGCAACCAUGCCAAACGAAACGUUAUAAACUACCGCUGCAGGAUCAUUAUCCAGUGGACAACGAGGAGACGGCUUGGGGUCUCUUCUCCGGCGAACGUGGACAGAUCCAAGUGAGUCUGAGUUACUGUACAAGACGGCGAGCAUUGAUGGUCACAGUUCACCGAGCUACGAAUCUUCUUCCUAUGGACAGUAACGGGUUCUCUGAUCCAUUUGUCAAACUGUGCCUUCUCGGAGGAGACACCGCCGCCGCCGCCGCCGCCGCUGCCGCGACGAACAAUCAUCAGCGUUUCGUAUUCGAUCAUUCGAUCGUACAGACCACUGCGAAACGACUGAUGUCGAAGAGGUCCACCGCCAGCAAGGGCUACCAGAGCAACUUUCAGAGCACGAGCAUCAAGAAAAAAACAUUGGAUCCCGAAUGGAACGAAGAGUUCGCGUUUCCUAGUCGAUUGACCGAUCUCAUGAAUUUCACGCUGUGUCUCACGGUAUGGGACAAAGAUUUUGGCAAAAGAAACGACUACCUCGGUGGACUCGAAUUAAACUGUAAAAGUACGGGAGCGCGAUUACGACAUUGGAUAGACGCGAUGAAAUUUCCGGACCAUCGGCAUCGGGCAUGGCACAAUUUAGUCGGCACUACGUUGCUGCCUGGAUAAUUCAUACAUACAUACAUACGUACAUACAUAUUUGCUGAUAAAAUAUUAUUUAAAACGUUUUAAUAAGGUCUGUAUAAUCGAUGAUACGUAAUAACGACUCGCAAAGCAUAAUUUA